AUGUAAAAUAAGGAGACUGCCUUUCUCAGUAUUGAAAGUCCCAUACACAGUUAAAAUGUUUUAUCUCCUCGAUUUGAUGAUUUGAUACCUAUUUAUUCUAAUGAAAAUGUAGUUGAAUAAUAAAUGGACGAAGCAUUAAAACUUAAGAGAAACAUAUUUGAAAAGAACAAUUUUCGAGCAUUAAAUGACGGACAUAAAUCUAAUAGUUCUAAUGAGGAUAACUCAUUAAGUAGCUUUAAGUAAAUCUUCUGUAUUUUAAAUUAAUAGUGAAAACUUACGGGAUGAUGCAUCUCCAAAAUCAAGAACUCAUUCCUUCAUUCAAUAAUAUAAGAGUCCAAGUGUUAUUUAUAAAGAAUAAUAAAAUAACACUCCUAAUCAAAAAGCACACUCUGGUUAAAUGCUAGAAUCUACUUAUAAUCUUCAUUAUUAUGGAGGAAAGUCUAACUCAAAACUUGAAAAAUAUUAAAGUUUUGUCUAGUAAUUUGAAAUUUAAGAAGACAAAAUAUAGAAAAUGAAAACUAGAGAAGCAUAAAAAAAUAUGAGAUUAAAUGAGAUUUAACCAAAAAGAGUAUCAGGUAGAAGAGAGGGCACAAUAGGGUAUUUUUAUAGGAUGAAACAUAGUUUAAAUGAAAUAUGGUCAUAAAAAGGUCUAAUGAUAAUUCGAUUAGUUUCUAGAUUCAUUUAAUAAUUAAAAACAAAAACAGAAACGAUAAAAUUUAGACUUUUGACAUAAAAAAUAUUUUCUGUAAUUGGAGAUUUAUCUAGUAACUUUGAAUUUAUUUUGGUUUCUCGUUAAAUUAAAUAAAAGCCAAGUUUAGUAAUUUGUUAUAAAAUAUUAGUUCCUUAUUUUGAAAUAUAAUUUUUAAAAAUAAGCAACAAAAUAUUUGCAUUAUUUUGAAAGUUGCUAAGAUUUUCUUAGUAGAAACAUAAUAGUUAUAAAACCAGAUAGCAAAUUUAAAAUAAUAUGGGAUAUACUUUUAUUAUUAUUUAUCGUAAUGAACAUUUUUUAUAUACCAAUUAAUAUAAGUUUUGAUAUUACAACAUCAGGGGCUUUUGAAUAUUUAUUUGAUUUAUUACCAUCAUGGAUAUUUGUAGCAGAAAUCAUUUUAAAUUUCAAUACUGCUUAUUAUGAUAAAGGUUUAAUGCAUGAAGAUAGAAAAUCUAUUGUAAAGCAUUAUCUAAAAGAGAAUUUUUUUUGGGAUUUAAUAGUUGUUAUCCCUUUCUUAAUGUCAAAUCUAAAUAUCCCAUUUGUUAGAUACACUUUACUCUUUCGAUUAACUAGAUUAAAUCCUUUAAUGGAAAGCAUAGAAGAAAUGCUUAAUUUAGAAGUAUUAUAUAUAUAUAUAUUAGGAAAAUAUUCAAAUUUUUGUUGAUCUUUUCAAACUUAUCUUUUUUCUUGUUUUAACAGGUCAUUUUUGUGGAUGUGCUUGGCAUUUUGUAGCUUUGACUGAACAUGAAUCAUUUGGAGUAAAUGAAACAUGGUUAACUCAUUAUGAUCCAGCUGCUUAUGAAUAUCAUUGGUUUGAUAGAUAUAUAAUAUCUUUGUAUUGGAGUGUUAUAACAACUGUGACAGUUGGAUAUGGAGAUAUAGUUCCAGUAACUACAUUUGAAAGAAUAUUUGUUAUUGUAGUAACAUUAUUACUUUGUGGAAUAUUUGGUUAUUGCAUAUCAAAUAUAGGAAAUAUUUUUAAAUCUAUUUCAGAUAAGAAAACAACAUAUAAGUUUAAACUUCGUUAAAUUCAUUAACAUAUCAGAAAAAGAGGAUUAAAUUUAAAUUUAUCAUUAAAGGUUAAUAUUUUAAUAUAUUUUUAAAAAGGUUAAAAAAUACUUUGAGUAUUAUUUUAAAUUAGAAUAAGAAGAAGACAAUCAUGCAGAUAUCUUUUUAUCAUAACUUACAAAACAUUUGAGAGAAGAAGUUUUAACGGAUUUAUAUAGUAAUACACUUAGAAAAUCCAGACUCUUAAGAGAUAAUUUUAAUGAAAUUACUAUCAAUAAUCUUUGUUAAUUUGUUAAAGAGAAAAAGGUUUUACCAGAAGAAGUUCUAUAUUCUCGAUAUGAUCAACCAAAAAAAAUUUGGUUUGUACUUUCAGGUGCCUUGGAAUAUGUGGCUGAUCAUAAAAGUAUUAUUUAAUUUACAUUAAUUUUUAGAUGAAAAUGAUUAUUAUGAAGCAACAGAGACAUUUUUAAAGAAAGUUAGUGCUGGGUAAAUUAUCAGUACUACUAUAUAGGGCAGUUUUAGGGGAAAGAGAAUUCAUUACUUAAUAACCUUAUGAGUAUAAAGUAAGAGCGUUGAAAUUUACUUAGAUGGCUUAUAUAGAGUAUAAAAAUUAAUAAAUUAAUUUAGUUAUGAUGAUUUUAUAAAUGUAAUUGCAGAGAAUGAUAAAGAAUAUGAAAUAUUUUGUAUGAAAAGAGAUAGAUUAUUAUUGUAUCCAGCAUUUAAAGGAUCAGGAAAUGUAUGUGAAAUUUGUGAAUGGACACAUAAUUUCAUUUAGUAUCAAUUUUAUUAUUAAUUAUAGAUGUCCAUUUGUUUUUUUAUAACCAAAUACAAAUAAAAUUGCUAAUAGAUUUACUUCAGUUAAAUUUAAUAAUAGAAUUAAGUUUCCUUAUCGUAAUCCUAAAAAAUUAAAAGCCAAAGAGAUUUUAAAUAAAAUUUAAGAAUGUGCUUUGAGAAUAAUUGUUGGAAAUCUAACUGAAUAGUAAUCUUAAAUAAUGAUUAUUUUAGAGAAUACACAGAUGAAUAUUUAAUUGCUUUAGGAUUUUAAUUGAGUCCAAAUUAAGAUGAUAUGUCAUCAAAAGAUAAUGAUUCUUCUUAAGACAUUUAUGAUUCUAAAUCUAUUUCAAAUAGUGAAAAAUAAAAUGCCAUUUUUUCUAAGAAUUUAAGGAUGACAGCUGGAAUAACUACAGAUCUAAGAGAAAGUAGAGAUUUAGAUCUUGGAAAUCAAAUGAGAAAAAGUGUAAUUAAUUUUAAAAGAAUAUAAUUUGGAAAAGAAAGAACUAGAGCAAUUUAAUUUUUAAAGAAAGAUAAUUAAAAUUAAGAAAAAAUUCCAGAAACAUUAGAAUAAUCUUAAAUGUUAUCUAUUCCUACUACUUAAUUAUAAAAUAAUCUAUAUAUGAAAUAAAAUUAAUAGAAACCAAGAAGAUCAUCUAAUUUAGAUGAUUUUGGAUUUGUAUAAGUAUCUCAGAAAUUGGGAAAUUUAGCUUAAUAACUUGGUUAAUAGGAUUUUGAAAAUCAUUUAUAAUCUCUUAAGCAAAUGAGUAAGAAUAGUGAGGAAAGUGAAAUUAAAGAUUCUAUUAAAAUUAAAAGAUAAAUUGAGAGUCAAGAAAGAAAAGUUCAAAUUGGUGGUGGUGAUUAAAGAAGAAAAGUUAAGAAAACUACAAUUUAAAUGGGUUAAAGACCAAAAAGAAGAUCAUAUUAAAAUUAAUAAACUAAUAAUUAAAGUCCUGUGUCUUAAAAUUAAUAAUAAAUAUAAUAAAUAACCAUUUCUUUAGAUCAAAAAAAGAACAGAGCUAGUUUCAUUGAGAAUAGAAAGAAUUAAGCAUAAACAGCUAAAUUAACAAGUUCUGGAAUGAUAGAAUUAAAAGGAGAUAUAAAAGAAGGAUCUUAAAUUGAUUCAUUAUAAUAAAAGAUUCUUGAUAUAGUACAUACUAAUAUCAAUCUUGAAAUGGAUAUCUGCAAAACAACUUUGGUGUAUUUUCCUGAAUAUAACAUAGAUGCAAUACUGAAAAAGAUAGAAAUGUAUUAUUAAUAGAAUAAAAUAAAGGAAAAAAAGUUGUAUAAAAGGACUAAAUCUAAUAGAAAUUUAUUUGA